AAUCUAACCUGAUCUUACUUAAUCUAACCUCAACUUUGUAUCAUACCGAGUGUUUAAAAAAACAAUGAAUUUACACCGUUAAGUAUACGAGGAAGUACCAUGAAAUAUGGGACGCCACGUGAUGAAAGCUUAUCCAAAUAAUUCAUGUUGAUUAAAAUCUGGGAAAGGAAGCCAUUUUCGUGAGAUUUGCUUAUGCAUAAUUUGAAUAGUGUUUCUCAUCGGGGUUGCGUCAGUCGAGCUGCGUGACCGUUUACGGAUGGAUUUUGCACAUUUCGGAGAAUAAGCGGAAAAUCGGUAGCCAGGAUUCAUUCCCAGUGAGAAAGAAAAAAAGCUGUUUUUCUCCUGCUAUCGAUACAAUGUUAUAUUUGCUGCAUUUGUAAACAAAUUGCAAAUCCAUAACUGCAAGCAAUUGUAAACAGCGAUGUUUUGCUGUUUGAGAAAUUGUUUCGACGGCCUCGGCUUUGCUGCGACUCAAGCACCGAAACGGGAGCGAAAUCCUAUCGCCUUAGACACAACUCACAUGGGAAAUGAAGUAGUGAUAGUGAAAAAUGGUCUAAGAAUAUGCGGAAGUGGCGGUGCCUUAACAAAUGCUCCUCUCGUUCAGAGUAAAAGUUACUUUGAAGUAAAGAUACAGCAGGGUGGCAUAUGGGCUAUUGGACUGGCUAGGAGGGACGCGGAUCUUAAUGUUGCCGUAGGAGGGAAGGAUUCAGAAAGUUGGGCACUUAAUUCUGAUGGUAUCAUAAGGCAUAACGAGCAAGAACUUCAUAAGAUUCAAAAUCCUGUACAAGAAGGAGAUAUCAUUGGAAUAACCUAUGAUCAUGUAGAGUUAAAUUUUUAUUUGAAUGGAGAAUCAAUAAAUGCUCCAAUUAUAGGAAUAAAAGGAAGGGUUUAUCCAAUAUUAUAUGUGGACGAUGGAGCCAUUUUAGACAUAAUUCUGGAAAAUUUUAUUCAUACUCUACCAAUGGGCUUUGAGAAAAUAAUGCUGGAACAAUCAUUGCUCUAGCAGAGUGAUAAAAACAAAAGUAAAUGGUCGGUAUAUUGUCAAAGUUGAUAUUUUUCAUCCAUUUCAAUUUUGAUUAAAUGUUGAAAUUAGUUGAGAAAAAUACAAAUCCUAACUAAGGGGCUACAAUGGCAUAGUGUUAAGAAAACAUGUCAUGAAGUAUAAACGUUUAUUAUAAUAAUUGCAUGAUGAUAUGUGAAUAUACUUAAAUCGAGGAACGUGAAAUAAAUGAUUUGCCUAAUGAUGUGGAUCUAUUUUUCGAUGUAUUCUCUACAGAACACAAAGAUUUGUAAUAAGUAAAUUUUGCAUAAGUAACUGAGAAUUCUUCAGAUUUAUUAAAAUUAAAGGGUUUACAACAUUAAUCGUUCGAAUGAGUUAGAUUUAGCUCUAUUCGGAUCCGAUAUCUAUCUUACAACUAUAUAUCUUUGUUUAUAAUUGUAUAAUAAUAGAUGUAAUUAUAAAUAUGUGUGUACAAUUUGUGUAAUAUAUAAUAUACAUAUAUGUACGUAUGUAUAUCCAUUGUAUACAUAUCGAUUUUUAUUGAUCCUUAGAUGACUAAUGGUAUGGUAUGUACACUGGUUUAAAUAAUCGACCGCUUUAGGCCUAUUGUUCGCUUUUUUAGGCUAGUGUCAUGGCAUUUCAUUAACUAUUUCUUUUUAUAGUUUCUUUCUCUUACUACAAGUAUUGUAUUGAAUAUUAAAGCUAAUGUUUCAUGUUCUUUUUAACACGUCGAAAACUUGCAUCUCUUUUUACAUCGUUAAUCGUAUAAUUGUUUGACCAAUUCAGUAUUAUGAAAUAAAUUUUUACCGACAUUAAACACACGAACAUCUAAUGCAAAAUAAGCUGCAGAGACUAUCAUUUAAUCGAAUAGAACUAUACUUUACGUGAUAUAAGAAUCGAUCACAGUCAGAUAAGCGCAUAUUAAUUAAAAUAUAAGAAUAGCUGAACAAAAAAACAUUAAGAUAACAAUUUGCGCUUAUCAUCGACGUAAUAAGAGUUUUUUAUCUAAUGAUGUGUAUAAAAAGUUUCUUACAACUGUUUGUGCUGCAAGCUUUCUGAAUACUUGCUGAAACAUAUUAUAUCUUUGGUCCUUAAUAUUAAUUUUAAACAAUUAUCAAUAUCAAUAUUGUUACGCGCUUAACAUUACAUAUUUGUAUUGUAUAAAUAGGUCAUUCGAUUGAAACAAUGUACUACCUUAUAUUAUUUGCCAUAAUGAAAUCUCUACGUGUUGAACAUAA